CGUGUACGUCAAUCUUCAACCCUCCACAUUCGUCGUGGUCGUCUUGUGGUCGUCGUCGUGCUUUAAAAUUUCGCUACGUUUCAGCCUGCCAAAAUCCUCCGGAUUAAUAGUAUAAUUCCCAGAAAAAAACCGUGCGUUUCAACUCUCGAAGUGUAAUCGUUUCGAUUUCGGAUAGUGCGGUACGAGUUUGAGUCGUUAAAUCGGGAAAAAUCAGUGGUGCGAAGUGAGGCAAAGUCUCGAACCUUUUCCGAGAAAGGGAGAAAAAACCAGGAAGAAGAAACACUCGAAGCACCGUUCUGGUAUUCGGAACUAUGGCCAGUUAUCACCAAAGCCAUCAUCGCGAGAACCGUGGUGGAGGUGGAGGAAGACAUCACAACAAUCGCCACCGUCACCAUCAUCAUCAUCAUCAUCAGCAACAUAAUAAUAGCAACAGCAGCAGCGCCGGAAGUGCCCUCAACAGUAGCACCGGAAGCAACGUCAAGCAUUCUUCGCCGUCCGAAUCGUCGGAACCGUGCAAUGAUUCCGUUUGUGUGGUCUGCUUCAAGCCGAUCCAGUUCUACGCCAUUGGCGAGUGUGACCAUCUGUGUUGCUUCGAGUGCUCGACCCGGAUUCGGGUGCUGUGCAGGCAGAAUGAUUGUCCGAUCUGUCGACGGGAUUUGGCCAAGGUCAUCUUUUCCAAAACGCUCGCCCCCUACAAGGAGCUGGACGUGAAGAAUCGGUCCGGGCUGUACGAUAAAAAGUAUCGGAUCUGCUUCACGGAUGGGGACGUGCAGCAGGCGUUCUUCGAGUUGCUGGACAAUAAGUGUCCCAGGUGCGACGAGAAGAACUUCUCCAAGUUCGACAUCCUGCGGGAACACGUCCGUAAACGGCACGAACUGUUCUACUGCGACAUCUGUACCGAGCACCUGAAGAUCUUCUCAUCGGAGCGCCGGUGUUACAGUCGGCAGGACCUGGCCAUCCAUCGGCGGGUUGGCGAUCCGGACAACGUCGGCCAUCGGGGUCAUCCCCUGUGCGAGUACUGCGACAAACGGUUCCUGGACAAGGACGAACUGUUUCGACAUCUGCGGAAGGAGCACUUCUUUUGCCACUUUUGUGAUGCGGACGGGGCCAACUACUUCUACGGUGACUAUGACUCGUUGCGGGAUCACUUCCGACAGGAGCACUACCUGUGCGAGGAAGGCGACUGUGAACAGGAACAGUUUACGGCGGUGUUCCGAUCGGAGAUUGAUUUGCGUGCGCAUCGGGCUUCGGCCCACGGGAAGAGCAUGAACAAGUUGGCCAACAAACAAACGAGGACUUUAGAGUUGGAAUUCAGUUAUGCGCCACGGGGGCAUCGGGAGGGUGGUGGAGGGCAUCCCGGUUCGGGACCCUCAGGAAGUGGUCCAGGUGGUGGUAGAAACCGUGGUGGGGGAAAUAGUGAUCGUGGAGGUGGUGGCGGCGGAAAUCGCGGAGGCUACGAUACUCAGAGAGAUUUCGAUACGUUGAUUAACGAUUCGAUGGUGACGCAGCAUCCGCCCAAAAAGAUAGACGCUAAUAGUGAGCAGGACUUUCCGUCUUUAGGCGGCACAGGCGGAAAUCCCGUAUUCCGACCAAACAACGUUUCGAUACGACAGCGAGUGUUCGGUGCCGCUGGUUUGGCCAGGACGAAAGAAAACUUCCCCGCCCUCGGAUCAGAGGGCGGGGAUGGACCAGGAUCGGCCAGCAUCAAUGAAGGCUUUAGUAGUAAGAUUACCGCUAGUUCCCUGUUGAAACCUAGUCAACCGAUGACGAGCAGCAGCAGCAGCAGCAGUGGAGGUGUUUCCGGGUCAGGAAGGGGCCAGGGAGGUCAAGGAUCGUCCAAACCGAGUACCAGUAUGAUGAUUCACGUGUCAAAUCGACCACCGAGUGGGUCCACCGGUGGUGGUGCGAAGAAGGCGAACAACGUCGCAGAUUUCCCGGCUUUGCCAGGAACCAGCAAAUCAAGCAACAAGAAGGUGGAUCUCUACUCCGACAUGGAGGACACCGACACCACGAGCAACGGGAUGGUCAACCUGAAUGCCAUCUCGGCCAAGCAUCGGUCCCUGGUGGACGGUUACGUAUCGAUGUCCAGCGCGGUGUCCAAGGUGGCUACCGUAGCGCCCCCUAAGGAGACGAAAAAAGCCACUCAGAACGUGGUGCCCAGUGUGAACUCGACCAAGGCGUUCCCCACAUUAGGCGAUGGUAAAGCGCCAAAAUCGGCCCAGUGGAUAGUGGCCAACAAGGUGAACUCGUCGUCCUUUUCCGGCAGUGGCGGUGGAAAUGGCAGCUCCGCAAACGUGUCUUCCAAGAAGAAACCAGUUCCGGCGCCGAACCUGAAGGACGAGAGCAACUUUGUGAACUUGAAUGCGUUGACCGGGAAGAAAUCUGGCGGAGGCGGGGAUACUUCCGGAGCCACCACCGGAAAGACCACUGACAAGAAGAACAAUAACGACCAAGGUCAAACGAAGCAAAGCAAGGGAAAGGACAAGAACAAACCCAAUAAGGAGAAUGAGUCUGCUUCAUUGUCGGACAAUUUCCCGGUGCUUGGCGGUCAGCAAAUUACGGACUUUGCUUUAGCAAAUCUCGGCGGAGGUGGCAGCGCACCGAAACGUGGUCCCCCGGGGUUCGAGAAUGUCAGUGUAAAUAAUAGCAGUAGUGGUAAUAACAACAACAAUAACAACAACGGUAUCAGAAAAGUUCCUGCCCCUCCGCCCGGUUUCAGCAACGUGACCUUGAACUCAGUGGCCAGGAACAUCAACAACUUGACCUUCACCAGCUCGAGCGGCGAGAGCUACAACAUUCUGCCGGGAGCGUACAGCUACGUGGCCCCGUCCAACGCCAGCAAAAGGAAUCAGAACCUAGUGACCCACUUCCAGCGGGCGCUGAAGAAGCCGGAAGCGCUGACCGAGUUCCGCACCAUUUCGCAGAUGUUCCGCGACGGCAUGUACAAUCCGGCCCCGUACUACGAACACUGCAAGGUUGCCUUAGGAGACAGGUUCGCCGAAAUCUUCCCCGAACUGGUGGCCCUGUUGCCCAACAUUACCAAACAGCAGGAACUGUACCUAGUUUACUGUCAGGAUGCCAAGAACCGGCCGAAGAGUGGCGGCGGUCCGAAAGGUGGCAAAUCCUCCGUGCCGCAGCUGGAGGUUUGCCAGGUGUGCAAGCAGGUUCUGGUGCGGGACGAUCUGACCGAGCACUUCCAGUCGCACUACAUGGAGAACAACUUCCCCAAGUUGGGCGCCAACGGCAAUCCGCUGGACGACGGCAAGGUGGCCUCGGCCGCGUGGCGGAAAUAGCGGUAAAUAUGAAUUCUAUUUGGUGAGAACAUUUCUUUUUGUUCCGGGGGGAAAAGAUACGAGUCCAACGCCGAAAAAACGGGGAAACCAUGUUUGAUGUGCUUCUUUUUUCGCGCAGAGUGAAAUGAUAAAGCAACAUAGUGUUUUUUUUAAUUAUCAAGCAAAAUCUAUAUACUAGUAGAACAGAAGAUGAGUAUUUUUGGUUUAACAAAAAGGUUCCAUUUGGUUUAGUGUAAAGGGAGAACAACAAUUUAUUUGGCGUAAAAUUAAAUCGGAAAAGAAAUUCUGCACCGUGCUUGUUAUCCAUUGAUGUUGAUUUUUAAAGUUCGACUUUGCAAAAAUGAUGCGUCUAUCGCCGAAAAACGCUUUUAAUCACUGUACAAACGUAGGAAGAAACGCAAAACUGGUAAAGACUUGUAAAGAGUAGAAUGCUGAAUCUUACUACCUACCCUCAUAUCUACCCUACAAACUCUAUAAAUGCAAUGUAAAUAUAGAAAUUCAGUUCUACAGUUUGAUCACCGGAAAAGUAUAUAGACGAGACACGAUGCCACCAUUUAGAGGGUAAUACACAGAAAAGUGGUUGAAAAUGCUUUUCAAAAUGGAGA